AAAGGGAAGACACGCGCACACGCGCCGCAAUGACGUCAAAGCGGAGCGCAGCAGACUCGCUGGCCCCGCCGCGCGCCUCUUCAGAUCUCCUCCACGCGGCGGCUGCUGCGUUUCAAACACCGAGGAGCGCGCGAGCAGCCAGGAGAAGCGCGCGGAGAGACGGCUAACCGGAGCAGGUGGACCUGGAGGAGGAGGAGGAAGAAAGCUCCACUCUCUUAACCUCACGCGGCAUUUUUCUGGAUGGAGACGCGCGCCUUCGCCUCGCGCGACAAGCCGAGUCCAUGGAGAAGGACGGCUGAUCCUCCUGCUCGCUGUUCCCGCGUGAAAACCCUCACGCGCCUACCAAGUUGCAAUUUGUGAUUAUUAUUUUUUCUGGGAUUUUACACUUUUCUUCUUUUUGCUCUCUUUUCCUGGAUUUUCUUGGGUUUUUCUUUUUGAAUGCUGCUAAAAAAGACGCGGGAUUUUGCUGGUGUUCUGUGCAGCCGCACGCGCAAACAGGAAAUAAUGGGUCUUUAAGCGGAUCCAGCUGUGCCACCGACGCACGAACCAGCCGUCGUUAAGGUUCAAAGAAAUCUGCCGCCGCUUGCACCCCCACCUCCCCACCCCUUCGUGGAUUUGGGCUACCCGUGACCCCCCCACUCCUCCUUCUCCUCCUCCUCUCUCCCCCCAUGGUGCCUUCAGCGCGGCGCGCGGCGGCGCUGAUCUGGGAGUUCCUCUCGUGCAGGAUCCACGCACCGCUUCUUCUUCACUGGACCCGCUUCUUGAAGAUGACCUCCAGCCACAAUUCCCCACGUGCCGUUCUCGCCGCACGCCGUGAGAAAAGCACGCGCCCCCGGUUCGAUGCACACGAGAGGAUGUCGUCUCCCCAACAGCGCUGAGGGAGGAGAGGAGCCGACACACAGAGGUAAAAGCCCACGACAGGCGUCAGAGCAGCGCGCGGCGGGAUGGAGCUGUCCGAGGUCCGCUGUUCGAGCGCCAGCGAGGAGCUGUACACCAUCAACAGCGGCAACGGCGGCAACGGCAGCGCGCGACCCAAGCGCCUGCUGUGGCAGACCGCCGUGCGCCACAUCACCGAGCAGCGCUUCAUCCACGAGCAGGGCGGGGGAGGCGGGGCGGCUCGGAGCAGCGGCUCGGACCAGCAGUACGAGCCCGGUUCGGGCGCACGGAAGCAGUCCGCGGGGCGGACGUCGGUCGGGGACCGGCACAACAACGGUGGGACCAAAGUGUUCCCGGAGCGCGCCAGCAGCGACCUGGGCUUCCUUCAGCUCGACUGCGCGCCGAGCAACUCGGACUUCUUCCUGAACUGGGGCUACACCUAUCGGGGGGUCAUCUUCCCCACCCUGCGCAACUCCUUCAAGUCGCGCGACUUGGAGCAGCUGUACCAGCGCUACUUCCUGGGCCAGAGGCGCAAAUCCGUGGUGGUGAUGAACAUCCUGGACGUGGUGACCAAGCUCACCCUGCUGGUGCUCCACCUCACGCUGGCCUCCUCCCCCAUGGACCCCAUCAAGGGGACGCUGCUGGGCUUCUUCACGGGCAUCGAGGUCGUCAUUUGUGCCUUAGUGGUGGUGCGGAAGGACACCACGUCGCACAGCUACCUGCAGUACAGCGGCGUGGUGACCUGGGUGGCCAUGGCCACGCAGAUCUUGGCGGCCGGGCUGGGCUACGGGCUGCUGGGGGACGGGGUGGGGUACGUGCUCUUUACCCUGUUCGCCACUUACAACAUGCUGCCGCUGCCGCUCACCUGGGCCAUCCUGGCUGGCCUCCUGACCUCGGGGCUCCACGUCCUGGUGCAGCUGCUCAUCUCCGAGAGCGCGCAGCUCUCCACCAACCAGGUAGCGGCUCAGGCGGUCCUGUUCCUGUGCAUGAACACUGCUGGAAUAUUCAUCAGUUACCUGUCUGACCGAGCUCAGCGGCAGGCCUUCCUGGAGACGCGCCGCUGCAUCGAAGCUCGUCUGCGGCUGGAGACGGAGAACCAGCGGCAGGAGCGGCUGGUGCUGUCGGUGCUACCACGUUUUGUAGUUUUGGAAAUGAUCAACGACAUGACAAAUGUAGAGGACGAACACCUCCAGCAUCAGUUCCACAGAAUCUACAUCCACCGCUACGAGAAUGUCAGCAUUCUUUUCGCAGAUGUCAAAGGCUUCACCAACUUGUCCACGACGCUGUCGGCACAGGAGCUGGUGCGAAUGCUGAAUGAGCUCUUUGCACGCUUCGACCGCCUCGCACACGAGCAUCACUGUCUGAGAAUAAAGAUCCUGGGAGACUGUUACUACUGCGUAUCGGGUCUGCCGGAGCCCAGACCAGACCACGCCCACUGCUGCGUGGAGAUGGGCCUCAGCAUGAUCAAAACCAUCAGAUAUGUUCGAUCUCGGACGAAACACGACAUCGACAUGCGCAUCGGGAUCCACUCGGGCUCGGUGCUGUGUGGUGUUUUGGGACUCAGGAAAUGGCAGUUUGACGUCUGGUCCUGGGAUGUGGACAUUGCCAACAAACUGGAGUCCGGCGGCAUCCCCGGGAGGAUCCACAUCUCCAAAGCAGCCUUGGACUGCCUGAAUGGAGACUACGAGGUGGAGGAAGGUCACGGGAAGGACCGCAACGACUUCCUCCGCCGCCACAACAUCGAAACCUACCUGAUCAAGCAGCCCGAGGAGAGCAUGCUGGCACUGCCGGAGGACAUUAUGAAGGAGGCGGUGAGCUCGGCCGACCGGCGGGCCAGCAGUGCCACCUUCAAUGAGGCCUCCUGGAGUCCCGAGCUCCCCUUUGACAACAUAGUGGGGAAGCAGAACACUCUGGCUGCCCUAACGAGAAAUUCGAUAAAUCUGCUUCCAAACCAUCUCGCACAAGCUUUGCAUGUCCACUCUGGUCCUGAGGAAAUUAACAAGCGAAUAGAGAGCGCCAUCGACUUACGGAGUGGCGAUAAGUUGAGAAGAGAGCAUAUCAAGCCUUUCUCACUGAUGUUUAAAGACUCCAGCCUGGAAGAGAAGUACUCGCAGAUGCGGGACGAGGUUUUCAAGUCCAACCUGGUCUGCUCCUUCAUUGUCCUCAUCUACAUCACAACCAUUCAAUGCCUGCUUCCCUCUGCCAGCAAGGUUACCAUGGCGAUCCAGUUUUCCAUCCUCAUCGUCCUCCAUUCCUGCUUGAUCCUAGUUACAACGGCAGAGGACUACAAGUGUCUGCCACUGGUCUUAAGAAAAACCUGCUGCUGGAUAAACGAGACCUACGCUGCACGGAACGUCAUCAUCUUUGUCUCAAUUCUCAUCAACUUCCUGGCAGCCAUGAUCAAUAUUCUGUGGUGUGACUUCGAUAAGUCCAGCAACUUCAGAAACCAGACGUACAACGAGUCUGUCUCCAUCCCAGACAUCUGCUUCUACCCAGAGUAUUUUGUGUUUACAGGAGUCCUGGCGAUGGUCACAUGCGCCGUGUUCCUGCGCCUGAACUCUGUGCUGAAGCUGGCUGUGCUGCUGCUGAUGAUUGCCAUCUACUCACUGCUGACGGAGGCUUUUUACACCUCACUGUUCAUCCGCUACGACACGGUCCACCACAACACAGAAAACUUCCUGGGAACCAAAGAGACGUCCUUGCUUCUGAUGGCCAUGUUCCUCCUCGCCGUGUUUUAUCACGGCCAGCAGCUGGAGUACACAGCACGGCUGGACUUCCUGUGGCGGGUCCAGGCCAAAGAGGAGAUCAACGAGAUGAAGGAGCUGCGAGAGCACAACGAGAACAUGCUGAGGAACAUCUUACCCAGCCACGUGGCCCGGCACUUCCUGGAGAAGGACCGGGACAAUGAGGAGCUGUACUCCCAGUCGUACGACGCCGUGGGCGUGAUGUUCGCCUCCAUCCCGGGAUUCGCAGACUUCUACUCCCAGACCGAGAUGAACAACCAGGGGGUGGAGUGCCUGCGGCUCCUGAACGAAAUCAUCGCCGACUUUGAUGAGUUGCUGGGUGAAGACCGUUUUCAGGACAUCGAGAAGAUCAAGACCAUUGGCAGCACCUACAUGGCCGUCUCUGGCCUGUCACCUGACAAACAGCAGUGUGAAGAUAAAUGGGGUCACCUGUGCGAGCUGGCGGACUUCGCCAUCGCCCUCAAUGAGAGCAUCCAGGAGAUCAACAAGCAUUCCUUCAACAACUUUGAGCUGAGGAUCGGAAUGGCUCAUGGUUCCGUGGUGGCGGGUGUGAUCGGCGCCAAGAAGCCUCAGUACGACAUCUGGGGGAAGACGGUGAACCUGGCCAGCCGCAUGGACAGCACGGGCGUUAGCGGCAAGAUCCAGGUGCCCGAGGACACCUACCUGAUCCUGAAAGACCGCGGUUUUGCCUUUGAGUACCGCGGCGAGAUCUACGUGAAGGGCAUCAGCGAACAGGAGGGCAAAAUCCGAACGCACUUCCUGCAGGGCCGGGUUCAGCCCAACCCGCUCAUCCUGCAGCCACGCAAAAUCACAGGGCAGUACUCACUGGCAGCCGUGGUGCUCGGCCUGGUGCAGUCACUCAACCGGCAGAAGCAGAAGCAGAUUCUCAACGAGAACAACAACUCGGGCAUCAUGAAGGGCCACCACCACUACAACCGGAGGACGUUGUUAGCGCCCGGCAGCUCAGACGUGGGAGGGGGCCAUCACACUGAAAGCACUGAUAAGACGGAGCUGUCCUGAGGAGGGGGGGUCUUUGCUUAGAUCCAGAGCUGUUUUCAGGCAGAAGUGGGCUUUCUGGUUGAGUUAAACCUAAAUGCAAUGUGCUUUUGUCCUGUAGAAAGCUUUUCUUUUCCACAUGGUAAGCCUCAAAUGAGUAAAGAGUGUUCAUUCAGUAGAACACGGUCAGCACAAAGGCAACAUGCUGUCCAAAGGAGCUGCUGAAGAUGCUCACAGUGGUUCAGACCAAUGCAAAUAUGAAACCAAACCUUGUAAUGCAUCGAAAGGUCCAUUUUAUGAAGGUUUAGCCUCAUUUUUCCGGGUCAAACAUAAAGCUUGUGGAGUCUUGGAGCCUAAACCUCUUUGCCACUUGGAAAAUGUUUGGUUGAUCAAAAGCAACAUAAGGAAGUGCGUUUUUAGUGAGAAGAAAUAAAAGAAGAGCAUAAAGAUCAAUGAGUUCUUGAACUCAAGAUGAACAUCCCCUUUAGGUGCAUUUCUGCUCAUGAUAAAAUGACGUUUAUUAAGCUCCACCCACAGCACAGAUCCUUGUAAAAGAAGGUUGAGAAGUUUAAUAAGAAUCAUCUUACAUCAGAGGGAACAUGUACCAUGCCACCCUUUGGUUACCUGAUGAACUGAUCUGACUCUUGUCAAUCAAUCAUCAAGGAGGAACUUUUCCUUUAGGUUUAGCUCUAACCAACACUCUGGACAAGGUUUCCAUCAGUCAAAUGUCAUCUAUCCUUAAAGACUUAGAGCUCCAGAAUAUCUCAGUCUAUAAAUUGUUUCGAAGACAAAAGGUUUUGAUUUUUUUCUUUAUUCAUCAUUCCCAAAAUACUUUCCAUUCAACAGAUUUCUUCUGGUGAAACUAUUGACAAUAAAUAACACACAAAAACAAAACUAGUUAACAUACAACACUAAAGAUUUUCAACAACUGUCUGUCUGGAAAUGAAAACCUGUUUUUUCAGGACUGAAUCAGGACUUUGACACUCAAUAAAGAUGCAAAAAUAUAAUUUAAGUCCCACUAUGAUGUUAAAGCAUCAGCUAGUUCUAAAGACAGACUAAAAUACUGCAGUGUGAGUCACUCAAAAAUAUUGAAGAAAAUAUCAUUUAAUUAAAGAAAAACAGUGUUCAAAGCUGCCUGCUCCUAUGUAAAAAGGUUACAGUAGUUACAGUCCUCUAAACUCUCAGACUUGUUAAUUUUAUUCCACUAUCACUUCAAUUAAAGAUGCAUUUAUUGGUUUUUCUGACAUUAUUGACUGUUUCAAGUCCAGAAACAGAAUCUGAAUGAGAUUCCGGUUUAGUCUUUGACUAGAUUGUUCUAGAACCUCUAUUCAGAGGUGGAGCUUCUGGUGUUUUGGGGUUUUGGUUCUGCAGCAGAACCCAAGUGCUCCUGAACUUAAAACUGAUGAAUUGGCUGCAGAGUGUCUUUAAAAAUAAAAGAAAAAAAAACGACGUUGUGGUUUCAUUAAACUGGCAAUUUCCAAACCAUCAAACUACCACCACCAUGUUCACCUGCUGUGUUCUGAUCUUUCAUUUUAAUUUUGGGUUUACUUUUUUCUCAGGUUUAAGUGGAAUCGUCAUUGAAGAAUAAUCUGGGUAUCUUUGAGCUACAUUAUUGGUCUUUAUUUCUUUUUUUAAAUAUUUAAUAUGCAAAAAUACAUAUAAAGACAUCAAUUGGGACAGAAACUUUAACACAGUUGAUUUCAUGGUUAAAAUCUAAGGUCUCAGUGUGAUCCCGCCCCUCUGUGUCAUCUGCAGGAUUUUAUUGUUCGUGCUCUUUAAAAACAAAGUUUUUCUACCAAACUCCUAAGAAUGAGCAGAUUUUAAGCACAAAUUACGUCUUUUCCUUCAAAAUAAAAGCUUCUCAAAGUUUUACUACUAGACCCAACCUGGUGUGCACAAACUUUGUUCCCAUGGAGACAGAGGGGAAUCCUCCAGUGUCUUUGAGGGUUCAGGACAACAUGAAUGUCUCACAGACAAACAUGAAAAUCACUAGAGCCACUAUCAGCUGAAAGCCCACUGAGGUUUAACUCAACCAACAAGAAGAGCCUGGGGAGUUGAACAAUUCUGCUUUUUAAUGAAUGUUUGUGUGUGGGGGGGUGAACCUCUGCUUUGGGAGGGUGAAGAGGUGGAUGCUGGGAGGAUGAGUUUGGUUGUCCUCCGCUCACAGCCUCAGACUGUCAGACAUGCCUCUUUUUGUUUCCCCAUUUAUAUGUUGCCCCCCCCCAUCCUCCCCUCACCUAACUCUGACUCUCCCGGUAUCGAUGUUUCUUUUUUGUAUUUCUUUUAUAUAUGAGAACACAAUAAAAAGGGGUCUAAUUUUUUAUACAAA